CUCACGCGUUAGAACCUCGCGCUAAAUUCGCUUGCACAACAUUUUCGUAGAUUUCUCGGUUAAAGUUAAAGUUCAAAGCAAAGUGAAGCGAAAAACAAUAAACACACACCGCAACAAAACAGAAAAGCAAAAACAAAAACAUAAGUAUAAAGAAAAGAAAGCAAAGCAGUGCCAAAGCAAAUUAAUCGAACAACUUUGCGUGCAGCGUGCGGCGGCGCUUGUCAGACAUCAGACAGCGGAGCAACAAGUUUAAGUUUUUUCCUCGGCUUUACGCUUUGCGCGCCACAUUUAUUACUGAUUUUUUAUUUUGUUUUCUACAUUUUAUCAAUCCAAACCACCUCCAAAAAAGCACAAAGCACAACUCGCGCUUAAAAGGCAAAAAACUGUGCUUGAUAUUGAACAAAAAAAACAGCAGCAGCGGCAACAAAAACAAUAACAACAACAAAAACAGAAGAAAAAAUCAUAUAGAAUUUCACAAAUUAUACAACUAAAUGACAGCGGCGCCGCAGCAGCCCAUUGUUACUGCUGCUGUUGCGGGUAAUUGUCUAACGUCAGCCAAGCAGCGCCAGUAGCAAAUACGCCCGUAGAUGACGACGGCCAUGGCACCCACCACCUCCACUGCGCCUAAGCUGGCCAAGUUCAAAUCCUCCUCGCUGGACCACGAGAUAUACGCGGCGAAUAGACGGGGCACCAUCGCCACAGCGGCGGAGUGGAAGGCGUUGCGUGCAUCUGUGCCUGGAACAAUGCCGGGCACGGCCAAUGGCAGAUCAGCGACUGCCACAGGCAGUGCUGCCAGCACUGGGCACAUGACACGCGCCGCCUCGACAUCGUCGCUGGCGAGCAGCACGCGCACCAUGACCAACUAUCAGGAGUACAAAAUGGAAAUUAUUAAUCAGGGCAAAUGCCUUUGUGGCCAAUACAUUAGAGCUCGCCUGCGUCGGGCCGGCGUUCUCAAUCGCAAAGUGAUACAAAGACUACGGACCAUAUUGGAGCCAUCGUCACAUGUUGUCUACGAGGUGUUCCCAGCGCUCAAUAGUAUGGGCGAGGAACUGGAGCGCAUGCAUCCGCGUGUCUACACGAAUAUAUCCCGUCAGCUGUCACGUGCACCAUUCGGCGAACUGGAGGACAGCGACAUGGCCCCCAUGCUACUCAAUCUGGUGGCCAAGGAUCUCUUUCGGUCGAGCAUUACCUGGGGCAAGAUCAUAUCGAUAUUUGCUGUUUGUGGCGGCUUUGCCAUAGACUGCGUCCGCCAGGGCCAUUACGACUACCUGCAGUUCCUGGUGGAUGGAUUGGCCGAAAUAAUUGAAGAUGACCUGGUCUAUUGGCUAAUCGACAAUGGCGGCUGGUUGGGAUUGCAGCAGCACAUAAGACCGCGCGUUGGGGAGUUUUCGUUUCUCGGCUGGCUGACAUUGUUCAUGACGAUAUCGGCAGGUGCCUAUGUGGUCUCAAAUGUUUGUAAGCGCAUCGGCUGCCAUUUGUAUUCGUUGUUAUUUUGAGGGACAGUUUAGGUAUGUUUUAACGUGUAACAAUUAGUCAGUGAGAACUUUUGAUCAUUCCUGCUUGUUUGGCAAAAGAAAAGUCGCCUUAUAUUUUAUAAAGAAUUCAUUAUAUGUUUAAUCUUUGUUAUAAUUUGUUUUCUCGUAUGUACGUUUUUCUAAUUUAGGGUCAACUGCGUGAAGUAAAUAAACACAAAUGUGAAAAGUGAAAAAAAAAACUUUUGGACGG